AUAAUAAUAAAAUAGGAAGGAAAGAAAAAAAAAAAAGGAAAAUGGAUGAAUAGAAGCGAAGUGGGCGGUAAAGAAGACGACGAUAAGAAGAUACAGAGAAGAGUGUGGGAUUGCCCAAUUUGCAAUUAUGGUUACCCAAUCAACAAUUCAUAUCUCCAAAUCUUCUUUCUUUCUCUCUCUUCUUCCACAAUACUAAUAUAUAAUUCCAUCCCCCUUUCUCCCUCUUUCUUCGACUCUGUUUUCAUUCCCCUUCCCCAAAAUGGUGAACCCCACGCCCACGGCGGCCGGCGAUUCCGAUUCCGACGUUUCUCAGCUUCCGAUUCACAGCCAGGUUCAGAAGAUCAAGAAGGAAAUUGAGAAGAUUAAGCAUCCGUCUCUUCAGCAAUCCGAGAUGAACACUCACCUUCUUCUUCGCGGCAUCUCGAUUUCGAAGCCCCGAUCUCGCUCCCCGCUAGGCCUUGCCGCCGAGAGGCCUAUUUCCGUCGGGAAUUAAAUUAGGUUGGUAGCCAUAUCCAGAUUCCAGAUUAAUCUCUUCUUCCUCUGUUCCUCUGUAAACCCUAGAUUCCUGUUACAAAGGGAUCGAUGUACAAGUACAUAGUUUUUGGCUUACGAUUUCCGACCUUUAUGGAUAUGGCGGAAUCGCUUCUUCUUCUUCUUUCUUCUUCUAAUUUCUUCUGCUCAUGAAACUAAUUCAACUCUGCUACUAUCUCCAUUAAAAAUUGCUUAUUACUAUUAUUAGAGAUUAAAAUUACAUUUUCAUCCCUUUA